UCGUAAUUAGCAUACGACUCGACACACAGUAAUACACACACUCUCUUUAUAUGUCGAACCUUCAAUGAUCUUUUGAUGAUUCAAUUUUACGCGCUUCACACUUCCACAAUCAAACCAGCAAACUGAAAACCCUCGAUUCGAAACCGAAUUCGCAGCGAGGCAGAGUUUGAGGGAUUUUGGAGUAAUGGAUUUGCCGAGUGAGAAGGAAUGGCUGGCAUGCUGUGGGAGCACCAAAUUUGCACAAGAAAUGGCGUCCGCCGCUCCAUUCUCCAAUUACCAACAAGCCGUCGAUGCUGCCAGAGAUAUCUGGUUCAAUAAAGUGGAUGUGAAUGGAUGGCUUGAAGCGUUUUCUGCGCAUCCUGCCAUCGGCGAAAGCCCUUCCAAAACCGUCAAGAGUCAAACCAGUGCUCAGUGGAGCAAGGGAGAGCAAUCGACUGCUUUAGCAACUGCUACCGAUGCUACAUUGCAGGAGCUAUAUGAUUGGAAUGCUCGCUACAGGCAAAAGUUUGGUUUUGUCUUUCUCAUAUUUGCAUCUGGAAGAAGUACCCCUGAGAUACUUGCUGAGAUUAAGAAACGGUACCAUAACAGGCCAAUCAUUGAAUUUGAGCUUUCGGCCAAGGAACAAAUGAAGAUCACUGAACUACGUAUGUCCAAGCUAUUCCCAGCUAAUGCAACUGUUGCUUCUAUCACCAAGACCCCUCACAAAGCAGAUGUGGCGACAAAAGCAGGAGAAGAUCGCAUAAGUGUGAUUGGAGGCCAUUUGUCCACUGCAAAGGAGACUCCUGCAGCCGAGCCCCCGAGAGCAUUCACUAGAACACGUCCACCAAUCACAACCCACAUCCUUGAUAUUGCUCGUGGUGCCCCAGCUUCUGGCGUUGAUGUGCGUCUGGAGAUAUGGGCCGACAAGCAAUCACGGCCAAUGUUUGGUGAGGCGGAUUCGGGGCUUUGGAAACUCGAGGGUCUGUCAAGUACAGACAGAGACGGGCGGAGCGGUCAGUUGAUGAGCAUGGUGGAUGCUCUCAGCCCCGGGAUAUAUCGGAUUAGUUUCGACACGGGGAAGUACAAUCCUGAGGGGUUUUUCCCUUAUGUUGGAAUAGUGUUUGAAGUGAAGGAAUCGCAGAAAUGGGAGCACUUUCACGUUCCUUUGCUGCUUUCUCCAUUCUCGUUUUCCACGUAUCGUGGGAGCUAGAUUCUAACAUCUUUGAUAAUGGGGUGUGAAAGUGUAAUUUUCCAUGUCCAAAUCUAAUGUUUUUAUGGAGAUUUUGAGGUGUAUUUUGAACCUUAGUUAUUGUGUAUCCACGUCUUGAUGCAGCCUUUGCACAUGGUUAAAACUCAAACAUAAUAAAUGAAAUUUGUGCAAUUUAGUACU